CAUCGACAACGAAGAAUGGCGCGAAUGUGAGCAGGAGCUGAAGCGAUUCCUUGAAGAAGAACGAGCUAAAAUGAAGGAACGCUCACUGCGUGUACCAACGCCAUUUACAUCGGACAAACUGGAUAUAAUUAAUAUAGUGAGGGCUAGGAAAAAAUUCCGUGAAGCCGAGCAACGCAUUGUGAAACAAUUAGAAGAGGGUGCUAAACAAACUCCCAAAGCUACAGAUACCAAACUUGGCAAAGAAUUGGCUGAGAAGACGGCUGUUAUACAAAAGCAUGUGCAAGACAUCAUACAAGCCGAAACCGAAGGCGCAGUUGAAUCCGAAGGCAAGGAGGUAAUCCGAGAACUAACCGACCGGGAAAAAGAGGACCAACUAAGACGAAAAUAUUUGGACGAUGCUUCAGAUAUUUCCACCGAAUCCGAGGUGCACGAACAAGGCAGCACCAUAAGCGAAUCGAAGCGACGACAUGCAGCCGAGUUGGAAGAAGAAAUGGAAUUCGAUGUAGAGCGUGGCUAUCUAAUCUCCAAAACACAAUUUGAGCAGUUACGUUAU